GAAAAAAAAAACUGAGUUGUGAUAGUUUUGAAUGGUGCAAUCACUUUUCUUCUAUACAACUCCUGUCAACUUUUAGCUUUCCAACUCCUCUACAAAUAUUGACUGAAUAAAUGUUGUUGCUCUCUUAUAUAUUGAUAUAGUUUUAAUUGGCUCCACAAUGAGGCCUGAUUGAGUUAGUAAAGAGAGUCAGAGAUAGUGCUAAAUGGGAAAUGGCCAUGGAGUUUAAACAUGUGACGAGCAAAAUAACAACUUCAUGUGACCCAUUGCUAAGGAGCGGCCCAGAGACGGAGACAGUCCACCAUUUGUGUUUUCAGCAGUCCGCACUAAACCAGCAACGAGAAUCCAGCAGCCAGCAGUCUGUACAGAUCUCGUUCUUUCUGAAUGAAGGCAAAGUGGCCAUAAUGCACACUAUCAAGACAGUGGAGACCCAGGUUCCCUUCCUCAAGGAGAGUUUCUUUACUUCCACCUUCAAAGGCAGGAGGAAGAGUAGCGUGACCCACAUCCUCCAUAAACAGCAAUCGCUCUUGGAUCAACAACAGUGCAUUUUAGAGCACCAGCCACUAACUCCGAAGCAGAUUCUCCCCAGCUCGGUUGAAAACGGAGCAGGGCAGCAGACCCCCAAGCAGCGGCUUGCUCGCUCGAUCAGCAACCCGUUAUGCAAGACGCUCGAGCCUGCACAGGCAGAUGGGGACAGAAAGGAGGGGCUAAAAGAGAGAAGGGAUCAGAGAAUGACUGAGGCUUUGCAAGGGAGGAGGAGGGGGGAGCCUGUGGCUGACAGUGCCAGUCUCCUCCUCCUCUCAUCAUCGUCAUCAUCAGGAGCAGCAGUGCUGGGGGAGCCAGCAUCAUCCUCACAUCUGCUGUCAGCUGUGGUGGGAAAACAGCAAAGAUUAACUGGCUCUGGAAGAGCUUGGACCAAACAAGGAGCAGCAUCAGUGGUAGCCCAUGGGGAAGCCCAGAAUCCCCCACCUCAGGCCCAACAGCAUGGCCUGUUAGCCAAGGGUGUUCGCCUGAUAAGGAAUAUGGGGAACCAGGAGACAAAGCAAAAGAAAGGAGGAGGAAGUGGUGGAACUGCAGGAGAUGUCAACUGUGACGGUGAAGCUGAUGAAAGAGAGGUGGACAAACAACCUAAAAAGUCCAACAAUAAGGCGAGUAAAGGAGGAGAACACAGUGCUAAGAAGAAAAUAAAGCCUGAGUCAAAAGGUUCUGUGUUUUCUGGCAUGAAGAUUAGGAAAAGUCUCUCCAAAGUGAAAGGUCUGUCUAAGGAUGACAUGUUGGAAACUGGGAAAUCAGUGCAUGUUGGCAAGGAUGAGCUUAAGACUGACACAGAAGCAAGUUUCUGUCCCGAUGAGGUGGGCAUGGUGUCGGAUGUCGAGGGAGAUCUGAGCCAUUUGACUGCAGACAGUCGGCAGACUGUGGAGGACUUUGGCCGCAAGACAAGCUCGGGGUCGGACACUGACCUGUACAGUUUUCACUCAGCUACAGCUGAAACUGAGGAUCUCCUUUCUGAUAUCCAGCAGGCGAUUCAAGAAAAAUGUAUAGCCAGCACCAGGGUAUUAGAAACAUUACCUAGGCCUGCAUCUGAAGGGCUGACCAGUAAGGUGAGUGAGGCUUUGGAGACAAAUGUAUCUCCACAGCUAUUUACUUUGGAAAAAGAAAAAUUGUCUUCGUGUGAAAGUGUAACUCAAGCACUUACAAAAAUAGAGAAUAAAAGUACAGACAUACCUAUAUCCAGAAACUCAUCGAGUGAAAGCGCAGCACCAUCCUCUGCUCUGGACACAGAAAUAAGCGGCAGCAGCGUUCUUCCAAAAACCAACAGCGACUACAGCUUCCAAGACACGACAGCAACUACUUCAUACGAGAGUGCUGAAGAGCCCCAGGAUGAUCUAGAGAGCCCUGAUGUGCCGCCACAGCACAGUCAAGUUUAUGGUGGAGAGUGUAGAAAAUCAUAUGUGCCAUCUGUCUGUCUGGAUCCAGUAUCACCUGGAACAAGCCCAGCUGGAACCCACAAGAGUGCGAGCAGUUUGGAUCUCUCGCUUGCGAGGGAUGACGAGGAAAGUGUUAGACCAGACUUUCUGCCACUCACACGGAGGAAGAGCAGCAUGUCUGUAAGUCACCUGACGGUUGACUGCGUCCCUGGAUCUUUGACUAGACGAACAUCUGCCACCUCCCCUUCUACUGUAAAACUCUACCCUCCUGUCCACCCAUCGUACGUCAAGACCACCACCAGGCAGCUCACCUCUCCUGUUGGAUCCCCGCUUACCAGUCCCAAUGUGCCCAGGAAAAGGGAGGCCACCACUCCUUUGGAAUCCAACAAGCCGGAGUUCUUUGAAAAGCGCAAGCACAGGUCAAGCUCCAUUACCGGACCUCAUAGAGUCUCCGGAGACUGGUCAGCAGAAUUGGACUUGGGAGAGAGUCAGAGUGGGUUAGCAAAGGCUCCAGAACAGGAGACCCCAGAGAAGAGUCACACAGUGGGGACUUAUUGGACUCUUGGCUCAAAGAGGGCACAUUAUGGCAAGAGAUCCUCCACAACACCCUACCUUGAUGUCUUCUCUGGUCAGACUCUGAUGCUUGCCCAUGGUCUGCUGCACCCCUUCAGUGACAGCAACACAGAACACCGCAGUGAUGGGACCGUUUCCACAAUCUUCAGUGAGGAGCAGUUGUACACCUGGGCAUCUGUGGGCCUCCCAGUGUCUUCCCACUUGUGGGAGCUGUAUGGGAGAGGUUUGAGAUCCCCUUUGCACCGCUCAUCGUCCAAGCCAUCUGGCACACUGCACUUUCAGACAGAAUCCAGCAGGUUGAAAUCAGGCCAGUCAUCUUCAGAGGAUGAAAACUGCCUCAUCCCUCAGCUGGAGAAGAAAAUUGAGGAGCUGCAGAGUAAGAUCGCUGUCCUUCAUCGGCCCUCCUUACCGAAGAGCGGUGAGGACAGUGUGGAAGUUCUGGGAAAUGCACAACCCAAGGCUUUGCAGAAAAGGGUAGAAAGACUGGAGGCAUCUGUUCAGACUUCACCUGUGGAUGAGGGGCUUAAAUUUGACGCAUCUUUAAAUGGAGGAAUUGGCCCCAAGUCCUUUUCAGUCAAAUCUUCAAGCCUCAAGUCUACAGAAAUCUUUGUGUGCACCUGCAAAGAGAGGCAGCAAAACAGCAUCACCCAAAGUCCCCCUCUGUCUGCUGCCUCUCCACCCUCAAGAGGCAUGCCCCCUCCUCCUCCACCUCCACCUCCACUUGCUCCCAUACCUGGUUUUGGACCUUGUCCACCACCCCCUCCACCUCCACCUCCACCACCACCACCACCAGGCUUUGGCCCUCCACCGCCACCUCCUCUGCCUGGAAUAGGACCACCACCUCCUCCACCGGGAAUGGGACUCCCUCCUCCACCACCUCCUCCACCGGGAAUGGGACUCCCUCCUCCACCACCUCCUCCUCCACUGGGAAUGGGACCCCCUCCUCCAGGCUGCAUCCCUCCACCUCCAGGUCCCAUUUCUUCCCUGGCGGUUCAGGAAGCGACCCCUGCCAAAGCCGUGAUAGAGCCCCCGAAGCCAAUGAAGCCGCUCUACUGGACCCGCAUCCAGCUGCAUGCUAAAAAAAUCCCCGGACCACUGGUGUGGGAAAAAAUAGAGGAGCCAACUAUUGAUUUUGAAGAAUUUGUGGAUCUGUUCUCCAAAAGUGCUGUUAAGGAGAAGAAGAAACCAAUUUCAGAUACAAUCAGUAAAUCAAAGGCCAAACAGGUGGUAAAAUUGUUGAGCAACAAGCGUUCACAAGCUGUCGGGAUUCUGAUGUCCAGUAUUCACCUGGAUAUGAAGGACAUCCAGAAUGCUGUCCUAAAUAUGGACAACACCGUUGUUGAUCUGGAGACUCUGCAAGCACUUUAUGAAAAUAGGGCUCAGAAUGAUGAGAUUGAGUCUAUUAAGAAACACAUAAAAUCCAGCCAAGACAAGGAUGAUGCAAAGCCACUGGACAAGCCAGAACAAUUUCUGUUUCAGUUAUCACAAAUUCCCAAUUUCUCACAGCGGGUGUUCUGCAUCCUGUUCCAAUCAACUUUUCAUGAGUGCAUCACGUCAAUUUUGCGUAAAAUUGAAAUCCUGCAAAGAGUGUGUAAGACUCUCCAAAGUAGUGAGGCUGUGUUGCAGGUGCUUGGCCUCGUGCUAGCGUUUGGCAACUUCAUGAACGGAGGGAAUCGGUCUCGGGGACAGGCCGAUGGCUUCACCUUGGACAUCCUGCCAAAACUGAAGGAUGUCAAAAGCUGUGAUAACUCUACAAGUCUUUUGUCUUACGUUGUUGCUUACUAUUUGAAGCACUUUGAUGAGGAUGCUGGCAGAGAGACGUGCCUCUACCCUUUGCCUGAGCCCCAGGACCUUUUUCAAUCCUCCCAAAUGAAGUUUGAGGAUUUUGAAAGAGAUCUGCGCAAGCUGAAGAAAGAUUUAAAUGCAUGCGUGGGUGAAACUGAAAAAGUUUGCAAGGUUUCCUCUGAAGAGAACCUGCAGCCCUUCAAGGAAAAAAUGGAGAACUUUCUAAUACAAGCCAAGACUGAACUGGAAACACAGGAAAAGCAGCUAGCAGACACUCAGAAGAUUUUUUUGGAGUUGAGUGUGUCGUUCUCGGUAAAGCCCAAGGCGGGAGAGAAAGAAGUAUCACCUAACACAUUCUUCUCCAUUUGGCACGAGUUUUCUUCAGAUUUUAAGGAACAUUGGAAGAAGCAGAAUAAACUGUUAUUACAGGAACGGGUGAAAAAGGCAGAGGAGAGCUUCCGACAAGUGAGGCAGAAGGCCACCUAUAAUGUGACGACCAAAAACGCAACUGGAAUAAAAGCAAAGCUGGGUAAGAAGAUAUGAGGCAGAAAAUGGAUGACAGCCGCUGAGCUUUAGCAUGAGCACAAUCUACCGUGGAGGAUGUUAAAAAUUAUUUAUUUUAAUUCUUUGGUCGGUUCUUGGAUUUAAGUG